AAGAAACUUUGCAUGAGCUUCUUCACCAUAUUCACCAUUCAUUCACACACAUUACACAUAACACUCUUUUUUGCUACCUUUUCGUUUUUGUUUCUUGUUGCAAACUCCAUUUCUUCUUUCUUCUUCUAUUUCCCACUUCAACUCGAAAAUCAUUCAGAAAAAGUAGAACAAUUUCUUCAUUUUUUGAAGCAAACAUCAAAUUCAUCUUCAUCUUCUUCUUCUUCACAUUGUAGCCUAGAUGCGCGUUCGAAAACUAUGCACUCUCAGCUCCUAUUUCCGUUCAAAUUUACACCGCAAACCCAAAUUCGAACUCGCCAUUUCCAAUAUAGUCUCUUCUCCUGAACCCCAUCACGAUUCCACUUCAGACUUUCAACUCUCAACUCUCAAACUCCACCGUGCUUCUACCCCAGAGGAUUCGUCUGAUUCGGAUGUUGCGACGACUCAGCUUGCAUCUAUUAUAUUGCCUUCGCCUCCGGUAAAGAAGCUUGUUUCUGAGGAAAAUGGUAAAGAAGAAAAAGACAGAAGAAUACUAGAGAUACCAUGGGUACCGGAUGUUCCUAGUGGGGAUAUUUCAGUUAAGCGGAAGGAGGUAUCUCGUGAGAGGAAACAAAAAUGGGUAUUUAAAUACAGUAACGAGGACCGUUCUGACAGGUUACUUGGUAUGUGCGCGAAAAGACUAGGAUCUAAAGCUACUGUUGAGGUGUUUGGCCAUCUGGGUCGGGAAACAGGUCUGAAAGAGUACAAUAAGUUGAUACAAUUGUGUGUAAAGAAGGCUAGGGGAGCUGAUGAUGAAGACAUUGCUAUAGAAGAAUUGAGUAAGGCUUUUCACCUUCUCAAAUUAAUGAGGGAAUAUGGUUUCCCACUAGGAGAGCAAACAUACCGCCCAAUUCUUCAGUAUCUAAUUGACUUGGGUAUGGUUCGAGAAUUUGAACUUUUCUCUGAUGUUAUCAAAGCUGAGAAUGCCAGUUCGACUUCACGGUUGGGUUACUAUGAAAUGAUGCUGUGGUUAGGAGUUAACCAUGAAGAAAUGAUCCGGGAUAUUUGUGAAUAUAUUACAGUUGAAGACAGUGAAGACACUACUGCUUUACGAGAAAGUUACUUAUUGGCUCUUUGUGAAAGUGAUCGAAAGACGCAGAUUUUGGAUGUGUUGAAAAAUAUAGACAUAACAAAGCUUACAUCUGUGGAAUCUAGAUCGAAUAUAUUCCAAGCCUUAGGAAGGCUACAGCUGGAAUCUGAUGCAGAGAAUUUACUGUUGGAUUUGAGAGCAAGCGAUCAAGAUCCGGAUGAUAUUUCAAACUUCAUUGCUAGUUUUGCUGUUAGCAUUCCAAAUUUAGCGGCUGAAGAUAUAAUCGUGAAAGUCGAGAAUUUGCAUGAAGUAUUGGAUGUUUUGCCUUCAAUGUCAUCGUAUAAAAAGCUUAUUCAGUAUUGUUGUGGCUUACUAAAGGUGGAUACAGCCGUUGAUAUUGUUGAUAAAAUGUGUGAAGCAGGCUUUACGUUGUCUACUCAGGUGUUACAAUCCAUAUUACACAUUUGUGAGGAAACUUAUGAUUAUAUUUUGGUUCAUCGAAUCUAUUCCAUCAUAUGUCGCCACCAUUUGGGGUUGAAUAAUGAAAUAUGCAGGAGUUUGGUCUACUUUUUUGUGAGGUUAAAAGAUUUUAAAGGUGCGUACAAGAUGAUUGAGGACUUGCAGAAAAUGAAUUUUAUACCUACUGCAGCCAUGUACAAUGCUAUAAUGGGAGGAUACUUUCGGGAGAAAAACAUCAGUGGUGGGCUGAGUGUCCUCAAACAUAUGCGAGAGGCCAAUGUAAAACCUGAUUCACAGACUUUCAGCUAUUUGAUUACCAAUUGUCAAAGUGAAGAGGAUAUAAUCAAGUAUUAUGAAGAAUUGAAGCUAUCAGGAAUCCAAGCUACAAAGCAAAUUUUUAUGGCGCUUAUUAAUGCAUAUGCAGCUUGUGGCGAAUUUGAGAAGGCAAAACAGGUAGUUUUAGAUUCAGAAGUACCACACAAGUACUUACAUGAAAUAAAGAGUGUGCUUAUCUCCGCUCUUGCAUCACACAAGCAAUUGCCCGAGGCGCUUCUUAUAUACGAGGAGGUCAAGAAGGCCGGACUUGGUGUGGAGCCAAAAGCUGUUAUAAGUCUCAUUGAAGAAUUGACUCAAUUAAGUGGAGAGUUGGAUGGGUUGCUUCUUCUACUCAAGGAAUUGAGUGAUCUAGACUAUUGGGUUGAUGGUUGCUUCAGGGUUAUCAAGUAUUGUGUUCAGAACAAUCAUUUAAGUUCUGCUAUUGUGCUGUUCAAACAACUCAAGGAUAAGUUCGAAAGUGAUGAAAUACAAUUGGAAGUUCUAUUUGACUCUGUAUUUUCUGUAAUUGCGUCGUCCAAGUCCACACAUCUACAGUUUGGCCUCGACUUGCUUUGGGCAAUCAAGGAUGAGAUUGGCCUUAUUCCUUCAAGGCAGAGUCUUGAUUUUCUUCUAAGUGCUUGUGCCAAUGCUGGAGAUUUGAAUAAUGCUCGUUUGAUUUGGAGAGAAUAUGAGGUUGCUGGAUUUCCUUACAAUGUAUUAAGUUACUUGAGGAUGUAUCAGGCACUUUUAGCAUCAGGAGAUCAUAGAUCUGCCAACCUUAUGCUCAAAAAAAUUCCAAAAGAUGAUAUGGAGGUCUGUUCUGUCAUCUUAUCUUGUCAAAACACGUACUCUGCUAAUGACAAUCUUAACUCUGUAGAAGUGAAGAAACCGAAAGGAAAGAAAAAGAAGAAAAAGAAGAAAAAGUGUAGUGUAGAGAGGUAGAGAGAUUAAUGUCUUGCACAUUUUCAUUUGGCUUAAGAAUGUGCUUCAGCGGGUGAAGUAUUUGACAUGUUAUCCACAUUUUUGGUCUAGUUAAUUGCGUGGUCGCCUGCGCUGCAUGCUAUGCUCAUUCCAUAUUUUUAUUUUGUUACUAGUUGGGUGAUUCAUGCUUCAUGGCGCCACAGGUUAUACUCGUGAUAUGAAAUAUUUUAGUUUUUCAUAAGUAA